AGUACCGGUAGCUAUGGUAGCGUUGUUGUGGCUGCAACGUGCUCAUCCAUCAGCUUAUUGGGCUGCAGAUCGGUUGCUAGGUCUACCACGGUAGGCCACAAAGAUCAUGUUUGGUUGCAAUUUCAUGCGCUCCUCCCUUUGCAACCCCACUUUAGGAGGCUUGAUUGUUUGGUGGUUGAAGCACGUACAUGCAUGUACCAUGUACUUUGGUUGCCCUGUCCACCAGCUAUAUAUUAGCCAGAUGAAUGCCGACAAAGCCAUCACCGUUGCCCUUUUCAUCAAAGAGGGUCCCGCACAACGGCAUUGCUCUCCAAAUUUAGCGUGUGGCUUGCUCGCGUUUGCCUUUUAUUGCAAGCAUGUAUCACGAGUGUGACUGCAUGAUGCCCCAGGUUUUCUCGAAGUGCAUCCAUUCGAGACAAGGAGGUGUCAUCAUCAGUAACACUUUUCCCUUACUGUUGAACCUUCAUCUAUCUAUCUGCAGUGUUGUUGCCAAGCUGCAGUAUACUAACAGUAGGUCGUGGCAUCCACACGGUACGGUAUCAGAAGCGCUUUAUCUUGCUUCGAGAGAGGAUUUGAGUUGACCACUAGCUAGCUAGAGGAAAGCAAUGAGGCAAUUGGCUUGACGACAGAAAACAGGACUUUCUCAGUGCUUGCCCUUGAAGAAAAUUCUCAUUUUUGUGCAUACUCUCAGUGUGAAGUAUCAUGAGUGAAUUGAAUGCCCACAGAGGAACCUCCUCUUCAACAAGCUCUGACACUGCUGACAUGAAACCAAGGGCAUUAGCAAGUGGUGCUUUUCGAGGCAACCACAAUGGCUCUUCUACCAGCUCUAGUCGACCGUCUCCCAGUAGCAGCAGUAUGGGUGACCAACAUCAUCCACCCGUACCACCACCACAACAACAACAAUUCCCUUCUUAUGGCCAGUUUUCCAAAUGGGGAGCCACGGAGGAUGAUGAGAGUAUUCACUAUCUCAGUGAGCCAUCACUCAGUGAAGAGGGUGACUCCACUACGGAUCAUCCUCUGGAAGAAGAAGAGGAGGACACUACCGAUGACAAUAGGGAGACUCCACCCCCUCCACCACCAGGACCUCCACCCAUGCGCAAUUCCUUGUCAUCCGCCGCAUCCAAUGGAGUGGCGUCUCCAGGUAACACAAGUCUCAGUUCUUGGGAGUCGCACUUUCGACCACAACAUCCCCACCAUCGCGUUAGAAUACACUUCUCACCAGAAACAACCACAGAUCGACAUCAGUACUACAACAACAAUUCACCCUACUUUACCCAAUAUCAAGCGCAACGCUUGUUUCCGCCUCAAAACAGUAAUACUACUACUAAUAAUGAACGAAUAGAAGAACAGCAACAACAACAGUCAGGAGGAGAAGAUGCUUCCGAGUCGGCUCCUCCCAUUCUAAGACCACAGCAACAACCCACUAGACAUCACCAACACACAACCACAACAACAACAAGUCAUGAUUCUUUGGCUUCUUCCAGCAGAAUUGCAGCAUCGUCACAUCAUACCAACAACCUGUCCUACUCGACCCAUUCCAUUUCCACAAUAUCCACUUUUUCCAACACAGCAAAAGGCAAACAUUUGGAUGAUUUUAUUCAGGACUUGAGACACAACAGUCAGGGAGCCCUCCAAGAAGCAUCGGGAAAUAAUAGUAUUCUGCUCAACACGUCAACCGAAGAGAGCGCGGCACAUCUCGAUACCGUCUUGCGACACUCAUCAGAGACUCCCAUGCGAGCCACACAUCGUCGAAUUUCCAGUGUGGAAACAGAACUCAUUGGAAAUACAUCGGAUGCUCAUGUCGAGGAACAAGAAGACGAAGAUGCCAAUCAGCAAACACAAACAAUAUCAACACCACAACAGCAACGAGUGUACCCCAUGGAGGAUGAUUCUCCACUCGUCCUGAACUUGUCCGUUCUGGGAGAUGAAGAAGAUGAUGAGGACGAAGAAAAAGCAGCAUCGCUGGAUCAAACCACUGCCUUGAGUGGGGCACCACCAGCAGGCGAUGCCAAACCCGCUUCUUCCAGUACCACUACUAGCAACAAUGAUUCUGCUGGGACCACGGAUGAAGAUCAGCAGCAUUCUGCAGAUGACGAACAAACACAGUUUCGGCCGCCACGACGUAGGACCUUUAAUGUGGCCGGUGGAAAGCCGUCGCCGGCUCACAGGCGGACACGCAGUGGCGACGGUGUGGCAGCCGCGUUGACGACAGGUGGACAAGAUUGGGUUGGAAUGUUCAAAGACAAUAUACCAAUGCCGGAUGGAGUAGACGACGACGAUGAUGAUGACGACGAAGAGGAAGCGGAUGGCAGUCCUGAAAAGGACAAUAAGGAUGCUGCUGAUGCUCUGGCGAAUACUGGAAACGGCAAUCAUAACAUGGAAAGAGCAGUGUUUGCAUUGGGUGCUACCACCGAUGCAACAACGGCUAGUCGGGCGGCUGCUCGAAGGCAACGAAGAGAGCAACGGCAGCUGCAACGAUCCAUGGCAGAAAAGGCUGCCGAGCAUGCCAGGAAACAAAAGAUACAAAGGCAGUUCCAGGAGUGGUCGCUUUCGCCCCUUUGGAACAAUCUACAGCAUCAGCAACACAACAGCGCUCGCGCUGCCGACUCAUCAGAGUCAAAUUCCCUAGGAUCGAUUCCUUCCACCGUUGUGAGCCAAGCAAUGCCAACUACUAGGGGCGGUGACAACAUCAUCGGAAAAAGUCGAGCAUACUCGGCCCCUGAAAUGCCAAUGGAGGACGAAACGGCCCCACUACGCAACAGUUUGGAUCUGUCGUUUUCGUCAGAACCGGGCCAUGGACUGAACCACAUCCAGCCUAGAAAUAGUGUGGAUUCCCACAAGAGCUUGUUCUCAUGGAUAUCGACCUCGAACCAUGAUCACACCAGCUUGGAGGCCCUCUCGUCACCUUCGGCUGCGUCGCCGAGGCACAUGAUUCAGGUUCAUCCAAACUGGACUCCACAGGCAGCAUCGCUGGCUAGCCCAAUUCUUCAACGACGGAACCAGGAUCUGCAGCGAACGCGAGAAGCACAACAUCAACGCUCGAGAACGUCAAUUGGCAACUACCCGACGCUGUAUGAUCCCAACCAUUCAAGCCAUUCAUGGCGUCAAGAAUCGGAAGACCCGUUUAGAAGACUCCUACUUCAGCAGCAACAACAACAACAACAAUAUCAUCAAAUCCGUGAAAGCGACUCGUUUCGGAUGUAUUCGGGCCCAUCCCCACGCAACUCUCUGCGAUCGCCCAAUUUCGCAGGGAGUAGUAGCAACGACCCAUUCAAUUUCCGUCGGCACAGUACGUCAAGCAGCGGCAGCGGGAGCCAUAGCACGACUACCAGCGAAGACGACGAGGACGACGAUGAUGUGAUGGGGGUUAUGCAAAACCAGUGCCGUCACAUCCACCCCGAUAUAGAAGUUGAAUCCCUGGAAGAAGCGGAACGGACGGCAGAGGCAGAGCUUUUGAAACUGGGAUCACAACAACAUGUACUUCGGGGCGCUCGAAUCUCCCCCUUUGCAAAUAUCGGAAGAAAGGUAGCUGACUUCGGCAAGGGAAAAGCGUUUGACCGUCAGUCGUUUCUUCCAAAGACCUCGGUCUUGGAAACGUCGGAAGAAGGCAAUGCAAACCAACACUUUUUGCCAACUUACCAAUGUCCUCGGUGCAAUACGAUUCAACGAGAGUUCUUCACAGUGAACAGUGCUCCGCGCCAGUAUGAAACAGCAUCUGGGUUCUUGGCCCUUUCGUUCGUUGUCUACGUUAUUGCAUCCUUGUACAUAUUUGGACUCGAGGAGGGCUGGCCGGCCUUGGAUUGCAUCUACUUCGCAGUUAUAACUUUGACUACCGCUGGUCUUGGUGACUUUGUGCCAACAACCCCUUUCAACAAGAUCAUCUGCUCAAUCUUCAUCUACUUUGGUGUUGCAUGCAUUGGAUUGUUGCUCGGCUCUUACAUUGCUUCAAUGAUGGAUGAAUCACAACGCAGGCAAGCGAGAGUGAAUAGGAUCAAUGCGUGUCCCAACUGUAUACGUCUUCAAAACAUCAAAGAUGCAGCGGAAAGACGGCAGUUAUCUGCUUUGGCAAUCUCUAUGAAAACCCCUGUUGUCAUACCCACGGUGACUGGCCACGCCAUGCCAAAGAAGAAGCAUUCUUCAGAGCGCACGACGUUUAGUCAGCCUGGGUUCCCGUACUCUUUCAACACGGAAGAAGACGAAUCCGACGAAAGCUUUCAAUCAGGCAAUAAGAAGAUGAAACGACAACAUAACAGCGGCAAAGAUGUGAACAUCUUAGGUGCGGACUUUCGAUCGCCAAACCAGAGCGAACAAACCCCUCCAAUGGGAGCAACCUGCAGUUCUAGUUCGCCGCAUAGUGCUGCGCAAGUGGGUACAAGCACGCCGUCAUCUGCGCAUCUCGCCGACCAAAGUUUGAUGGCGGAAGCAAGCAACACUGCCGGCAGAGCGGGCGGAAUUCGUGAUCCACCCUCUCAUCUUGGUGUGAUCAGUUCCGUGCCCGACGGAGCUGGGUUGCCUGCACCCUCCAGAUCCCCAGUUUCGCCAACAACGCCUCGACAUGCACAUAUCUCUGCCAAAAUAUCCCCAAAGAAAACUGAUCUGCUUGGUUCCCCUAUGACGAAGCAAAUCCUUGGAAGGCAAAGUCACACGCGCCAUGCCUCCUUUGACGUCAGCGGCAUGCCAUGUGCCGAUGACCUCUUUGGUCGAUCGUCGCUCAAUUCACGAAUGUACAGCUUUGACGCGCCGAGGGUGAAUCCCCAUCCUCCCACUAUCAAUGAAAAUGUACCUUUUGUCCCUGGGACAUCAAGCGCUACACCUCACCAGAACUAUGGUGGUGUUCGUUUUGAGGGAGACGAUAGCCUCCUUUCCAGUGAAGAGGUGAUGUCCACGGACGAAUCCUCUGUCUUGUCUUCUGACUCCUACAGUACAGAAGAAUCCGACAUUCUGGACGUGAACAAAGCGCGUGUCCACGCGGCCAAGUACGUCUUCAAGACGCUCAAAGAGGCUCUGGUGAACUCAUUGGCUAUCAUUGGAGUGGGUUGCUUGGGUUUUUGGUUUAUCGAGCACAUGUCCUUCGUUGACAGCUGGUAUUUUACAACCGUUCUACUGACGACAGUGGGAUACGGAGACAUUGUUCCUGUGACGAAAGGAGGGAAGCUGUUUGCAACCAUUUACAUCCUCGUUGCUGGCACCGUCCUGCUCAACAACAUGUCAAUGAUCAGUAUGAUUCCCCUUGAGCUCAGGAAACGUCGGAUCGAACGAGCUGUCCUGACCCAGUUUGGUGACCUCUUGGAUGAUGACGCCCUUCGGGAGUUGGCGUCGGGUCCAUUGAUCCAGCGCCUUCAUUUGUCCAGGCACAGGGCGGACGGCUUGAACGAAUGUACACGAGAGAUGUUUGCUCUGGCCAUGUUGGUUCGGUUGGGCAAAGUUACCGAAGAAGAUAUUCUUGGCACUUUUGGAGCAUUCAACCGACUCGAUGUGAACCGAGAUGGCGUGCUCAACAGCCGAAGCAUCAUUGCAGGCAUGAUUCAUAAGAGCAAAUCAAAGGCCAACCUGUCUGGAAUGAGAAGAGUGAGCUCAAACAGCAAUCUGAUGAAAACUCCAGGGUUCCGCGCUCCCCCUGCUCCAAUGUAUGGUAGCCAAGACCGCUAUUCAGCCAACAUAUUCACACCAGCGCCGAUGACAACUCCAAUCAGCAUACCCCUGAACGAGUCCACAUCGCUGUUGCAGCAGCAGGACACGAGCCUCAGUAUGCUAUCAAGGAGUGGAUAGCAUGACAACCCUGUCUCCGAACGCUAUUGGCUUCAUAAUGCAACCUGUAUUGUAUACUAAAUUGUCAACCAAUAUUGUGAACUAUUGCAAUCCACACAACUUUGUACAUGUACCCUUGGCUAGACCUAUAGUACUUGAUGAACUCGUCGCC